UAACCUGUAGCGCCCCUGGUGGAUAUCCAAUAUCUCCAAAAAUUUCUAAUAACAAAGAGUUUUAUUUACGAAGAUGGCGGAUCACAUGGUCAGAGAGUUGGAAGCUGCGGCACAAAUAAUUUUAGCACCCCCAAAUGUUGUAACGGCUGAACAGCGUCAGUCAGCAGAGGCUGUUUUUUUAAAUUUUCGGAAAACAAAGUCACCGUACGAGUUGUGUCGAACCAUAUUAGAGACGAGCACUGUCGAUUAUGUACUUUUCGAGGCAGCAGGACUCGUCAAGGCAGCUCUCAUCAGAGAAUGGAAUUUAUUACCGAGCAGUGAUAUUAUAUCGUUCAGGCAGUAUCUCCUGCACUACAUCAUUAGUAAACCAACGCUUGCACCAUUUGUCAGGGAACGAAUACUCCAGGUUAUUGCCAUAAUGGUGAAGAGAGGUAGCAUUGAGGAUAAUGGAGAAGAGAGGAGAGCAAUGCUCAACGAAGUCGAGGGUAUGGUUAUGAGUGGUGAUAUGCAGAGGCAACUUCUUGGCUGCAGCAUGAUAUCAGCUCUGAUGCAGGAGCACGCAUCGACAGUUAAAUCGUCGGACGUUGGGUUGAGGUGGGAAGUGCAUUUCAAUGCUAAAAAACAUUUUGAAUCAACCGAUUUGAAGCGUAUAUUCAAAUUCAGCAUAAGUGCCCUGUCAGAGCUAACGAAGGACGGAAUCCCUGAGGCGAGUCUGCCACUCGUCAAGCAUUUACUCUCAAUUGCUGAGGGGGUUCUCGUCUGGGGUUUUGUGUCCGCUAAUUUGCCUAAAAAGCUCAUCGGGGUUUUUGAGGCUGUCUACGAGUCUGAUAGCAGUCCUGCCCUUCGAAUGGGGCCUGUCUGGCAGGAGGUUAUCCUCGAGCCAGUUCUGCCAGUGUUCUUCGGGUUGUACUGGAAGGUCAGGACAAAUCCUCAACUAGCCCAUCACGCCAGGAACUGUCUCGUACAGCUUGCCAGUCUCAACGGUGGAGUUGUUGCCAUCUACGCAAUUCAGAUCGAGUACCUCACAAAUUACCUGAAUGAAUUUCUCAAACUUGUCUCCAAUAUUGAGAUAAUCGAUCAGGAGGCAUUUGGGAUUGCCAAUAUGGUACGCAAGCUCAUCACGUUCUUCCGUCCAGCUUUGAAUUCAAUCCCAGAAGAGAUAUUACGAUCAUUCAUGGAACAAGUGUCAAGACUGACAUGUAUAUUCGCUGAGGGAGCUGCUCAGGAGGAAUCCAUAUGCGCUCAGGAUUGCCUAUACAUGGAGGCCUUUGAGAAGAUGUUGGAGACGUGGUCCUCGGUGCUGUCAGAGGGCCAUCUGUUCCCCGCUGAGUUCUGCCAGCAGAGUUCCGCGCAAAUAUUCAAUGUCUAUCUCAAGUGUCAUCUUUCUGCCCCAGAGGGUACCAGAAAUUCUCAGGACGAUCCCAACGAGGACAUUGACAACUGCGAGGAAGACGAUCGAGCGAAAUACAAGGAACAACUCCAGACGAUUGGUAAUUUUGGAAGGCAGGUCCUUAGUCACUCCCUCCCUGUCCUCUCUCACCUCCUCGAAACAAGAACGAGUAAGUUGAGACAGCAGUUGAGCCAGCUGGUGGGUCAACCCAAGACUCUCAACAUGAAUGCCAAUUUGAAAGAACUGUACGAGGACCUCCACUGGCUGGUGCUCAUUGCUGGGCACGUCCUCUGCAUGGAAUCCGAUGGAGAAGCUGCUCUGAUACCCUCAGAGGUGAUGAAGUACAGCAUUGAGCAGCCACAACAGGGUCGAGUGGACGUAAACGUGUCUCUACAGCUGUUGGCAUCUCUGGGGCACAAUAUCUCUGAGAUUCAAGGUGCUGAGGAAUCCGCAGAUCACGUCAUUCGACUGACAGCCGCAGUGUUUCGACUUUGUGAAAUUGAGAAGACAGCAAUUGGGGCCAAUAUUGCUGAUACUUUAAGCCCAGAAUUGAGCAGUACAAUCGUCUGGUUUUUGCGGAGGUGGUCGCUGAAUUAUUUACUACCCUACCCUAUUGAGAAUUAUUACACUCAAAUAAGUCCAACUCUUUUACAAGCCUUUGGAUAUGAUAGCCUGGGGGCACCCUGGCUCGCCAAUUUUUUCAUAGAGAAGGUCGAGUGCAAUGUUAACACUUUCAAAGGCGAGCAGAAUCUCAUAAAAGGCACGAUGCAGUUGCUGGUUGCACUGGUUGAUUCACAAUCAAAAGCUGCUUACAUGCUCAAAUCCGAGAGGUUUAGAAAUCUCAUUGAUUUAGCAAUUAAAACCCAAUUACCGCAGACUGCGAAACGAGGAUUGAUGAGGGCAAUUGUUCAGGCUGGAGCUGCUCUGCCUAAUGAGAGCAAUGAAGGAUACUGGAGGCAGACACUCGAACCACUGCAUGAUAGGUUCAAACAGAUUGUGUCGAAUAAUAAUUUCUCGAGAUCGUAUCACCAAGAGGAGGUGAGAGUCCAGAUCAUUGAUGUCCUGGAAUCAUUCAUUGGGGCUGCUCAGGGCGUUCAGGCUUCUACUGUCAAGCCAGUUUUUAAUUAUAUAUCUCCAGUACUGGCGGAGCUUGCCAAUGCCCUCGGACUCUAUCACAAUUAUCAGGAGAUGGUGCAGUUGAUUUUGGAGCUGUUCUGCGAGUGUACGAGAAGAAUGCUCUGUUAUCUGCCUGAACCUCAGAGCAUCAGGGUCUACGAGGCCUGUCUCCAGAUCAUUCAGACUUAUGCCAGGUGCAAUACCAAUCGACUGACUGUCGAUGUCACCAAAGAGGAGGACACCUUUCAGGAUAUUCUCCUGCUUAUGCAGCUGUUGACAAAUUUAUUGAGCAAAGAUAUUCUUGAUUUGAGUCAGAGCGAGGCAUCUCCUGGGCAGGAACAGCAGCAACAACCUGUAAAACCUGCUGAUGUCUUUCUUUUUGGAUUGAAUAUUGUCAUGCCCAUGAUGACUAUUGAACUCCUUAAAUUUCCAUCACUUUGUCACCAGUAUUUUAAAAUGAUAACAUUUGUCUGUGAGAUAUAUCCAAAGAAAGUUUGUGAACUUCCCUCUGAGUUACUUCAACAAUUAAUGGCUUCAGUCGAACUUGGACUAUUCUCAUUUGGCCAUCAAAUAACAGUAUUGUGCUGCGAUAUUAUUCAAGUAAUGGCGAAACAUAUUUAUACUGAGGUGGAUAUAGGGCAACCGAGGAAUCAGCUGAUGGCACCGUUUAUGAAUCUGCUGAUGAAUCUCAUUCUAUCGAACCAAAUAGAUUCCGAUCUAGUAUCAACUACUAGUAUACCCUUGUAUUUCCUGAUCUGCUGUUAUCAGGAGCAAUAUCACGCACUUGUACAAAAUUUUUUGGCCGCUCAACGAGACCCAGAGAUCGCCCAGAGACUGACUGUUGCAUUCAACAAUCUCACGAGGAACGUUCAAUUGAACACAGAGCGAAUUUCAAAACUCAAGUUUAGGGAUAAUUUUGACACUUUCGUUGUGACUGUUCAGGGCUUCAUGCUGGUUAAAUAGAAAUGAAUUGACGUUAUUUACUCAUCACAAUACUCUUAAUAUAAUAUUUUUCAAUUUCACCCUCCCAUUUAUCCACUCGAAAUAUUUGUUUUUAUAUUUUUCGAAGGAGAUUGUUUUGCAUUUUCACGAAGGAGAUUUGAUGAGGACCCAUGGAAUGUGCUUAAUUGGGGGAGAUAACUUUUACGUGAUUGAUGAUACACCUGAUGUAUAUGUGAGUGUAUAUACAGCUAUAAAUAGAUUGGUUUAUUGAGACUGCGGGGGAAAUUUAAUCAUGAGAAUAAGUGGGAUAAUGUAAUUAUGUAAGAAAGAUAAGUCGAUUGAUUCAGACUCGUAUUAUUUUAUUUCUUCACGAGAAUAACGAUAUUGCCAAGAUAAAUGCAACUUUACAUGUACAUACAUCUCGUUCUAUGUUUACUUAUUGUUUAAGUAGAUUAAGUUAACGUCGUGAAUAAAUGAAAGAUAGAUGACAAUUUUAUUGAAAGUUUUACUCUACGAUGCAUAUUUAAAUACUAAAUAUUAUGAACUCAAAGUGUAUUGUCUUUCUUCGUGAAUGAGAAUAAUUUAAAAAAUGAAAUAUUUUUUAAACGAUAGAUUUUAUUAUUACGACUAGGGGACUUGUCCACGUGGAUACAUUGAUAUGUGGGUUUGUUUAUCCUUCAAAAAUUCUCCAAGUGUGAAUUAUUUCCAAAUUUCUUCCACCAUUUUUUUUUUCAUCGUCUAUAUGUAUAAUAAUAUAUAAAUUGUAUACACCCUCAUUAAAAAUUAUUUGCCUGAUUCACACAUGCAAUACGUUCAAGUACAUCGUAGUUAUGUCAUUUCGUUCCUUAUUUUAUUGGUUAAAUUGCCGUAAAGGAUUAGGAAAUAAUUACCCUGUAAAGUAAGGGAUAUACUCGAAACGCCGCUUAUUGUCCGCAUGCCCUUUGCAUACUACAUUUUCAUUUGUGCGAGUAAUUAUUAUUUAUUUUGAUCAGAGAGCCUUCGAUAUAAUGUUUUUUUUUAUAUUAAUCAUAAUAAAAGAUGCAUAAAUUGUAUGCAGUUUGUAUUGUUCAUGUGCCGACGUUAUUCUACGUGAAUGCACCAUUAAUACACAGCAAUAUGUAUCACAGAAUCAAUGCGUCAUUUCUGUUUAUCGUUUCAAUUGAGAAUAAACCGAAA